ACACACACAGCCCUCAUCCCCCCUGACGAUCACGAACUGGACGGGUGCUGGCCAUUUAACUUCUCGUGGGUCUUCUGCCGUAUGUUGCGUUGUGUUCUGACCGUGUGCGAAGGUUAAGGCCGCAUACCGACCAGUUCGUCCGAUUGCUUCAGUGUGUGCGACGCCGUACUAACUCUAAGUCGACUCUAGUUGAAAGAAACGACCGUGCAGUGAGAUAUCUCUCAUAACACUCUUCGCCAUGGACGACGUUGAUAAGAUCGAGGACAUUGAAAAGUUGCAGAAGUUGCUCGACGAUACCGAGGACUUUGACAACAGAAGGAAGAUUAGAAACAGAUUGAGGGAAUUGAAGAAGAAACGGUCAGAUGAGAGAGAGGCCCAGUCUAGGAAGCAUGAUCAGUUACGGGAGGAUCGCCUCAAGGGCAAGUCCAUCGACGCAGCGAAGAGAAAGACAGAGGAGUUGACGAGAAUGAAAAGCGGAGAAUCCGUCGGAGCGAAAAAUAUCGGCGUGAUGCAGGAGCAAAUCGCGAGAGGACUGGACGAUGCUGAUAAGAGAAAAGCGGAAGAACUGAAACGAUUCGCCGAAACAGCGAAGCACGAUUCUGUCGGGCUGACGAAGAAAACAACGGUUACCACGACAACGGGCAAAGACGGUGGGAAAAAGACUUCCACGAAAACGACUGUGAAGUCAAACGAUCCAAUUCUCUGUCACCAACUUCUCCCGGUGGCGGGAAGGAAGCUGUCGGCCUUGUACGUAACCCGAGCGCAGUGAAGGAAAUGCUGCUAGCCUGGGCUCAGGCCAUGACGAAGGGUUAUGAACAUGUGGAGAUAACAAACUUCUCUAGCAGCUGGGCGACUGGCAUGGCAUUCUGUGCCCUUAUCCAUCACUUCUUCCCGAAGGCUUUCAACUACACCAGACUGAACCCUAAGAACAGAAAGGGAAACUUCAAGCUCGGCUUCAAAGUUGCCGAGGACUUGGCUGAUGUGUAUCCGCUGCUAGAUCCCGAGGACAUGGUGUUAAUGGGAAAUAAGCCAGACUGGAAAUGCGUGUUCACCUAUGUGCAGGCUUUGUACCGCGGACUCCACGAUAAGAAGCCCGACGUCUAAAUCCGACACUCACUCGGACGAAACCGCAACGAAAUUAAAAGCAGCUUCGCGAGAUGGCGCCACGAUCGCUUAAGCAUCAUGUCCGUUCGGCUGGCUUUCAGGAGCAGGCAAUUCUCUGUGUUUUCUUGAAACCGGUAUCGUGCUAGUGCUGAAAAUAACCGCGCAGUGACAAAUUCCAUUUGAAAUUGGAUUUUUUGAUUUUGGGAUUUUUUGGAAAAGCAGCAACAGUUGAUACUUGGUUGUUUCGACGCCCGGAUAUUAGCAUGUUAGCGAGGAGUUUGCCUUAUAUCUCUCGAUUCUCAGCAGCUGUGCAGUAUAUGAUAUAGUAAGGAGUAGGGUAUAUUAUCGGUUUAACACCUAAAGUGGCGAACCUACUGCGAUUUAUUAUUCUACUUAUUUACAUGAUCAUUGUACUCACAACUCUGCUUUGCUAAGGACAUGUUUACGCGCGUGUAUAUUACACGGUUCGCAGCAUGUUAUUUGUAUAAACAAAAUCAUGUCUCGUUCAUACAGCAUAUACGAAAAGCGCACGAACUCGUUUUGAGGUAGGAAGCUAUAGGAUACCUAUAGCUAAUACGUAAAUUUAUUACGCAAAAGUGCUGUUAAUGUUGAAUUAAAAUUGGUUGAGAUAAAUUGUUAUUUUCGGCAGCUGACUCCUAUUGUGUAUGUUAUAUAAUAUUAUAUUAUAUUUAUUAAUAUUAUAUCGUCUCUAGGGGGUAUAUUGUAUUUGUUUUAUACAUUAUGUUAAUCGUCAUUAUGUUAAUUGUUCUCAACUUCGCAACUUCUCUAUCAUUGAUUCGGACAAAUCUCUACAGAAUUUCUCAAUAAACUAGGCCUGCAUAACAACAAAUUUGUAGACUUGAGAAUUUUGCUCAUUAAAAUUCUCAUAUAUCGCUGUUUAUCUAUCUAUGUUCAGUCUACCAUAAUAGGAGGUAGAGUAAGUAACAACAUACCUGUAAUGUCGCUUAGUUAUAUUAAACAUUAAUGGUUAUUCUUUUAUGGCA